AUGCCGGGCAGCAAUGUGGAGACAACAGGUUUGCAAGUGGUUGUUAUGUGCCUUACAAGCCCAAUCAACAUAUUUAUCAAGCAGAGACAUCCGGUUGCUGAACACGCAAAUAAUUCUGAAUCAGAUGAUGGCAAUGUAAAUGAAACUGAAGUAUUGUCAACAAAAAGAAUUCGUACUAGCUUUACUCGGAAAUAUGACUCCUCAUAUAUUCAGUUCGGUUUUGUAGCCACGAAUGAUGGUGGAGUGCCAAAACCGCAGUGCAUUAUUUGUGGUGAUGUGUUGGCUAAUGACGCAAUGAAGCCGUCAAAGCUCAAGAGGCAUUUAAAUACAAAAGAUAAUGAAAUUAGUUCAAAGCCGAAAGAGUUCUUCGAAAGAAAGCAUGUUGAUUUAAAAGGCCAUCAGAAACAGAUCUUUGAAGUGUCACACAUAAAUACUUGUGCUUUGCGAGCUUCUUAUAAAGUAGCACUUCAUGUUGCUAAGGCUAAAAAGCCAUACACAAUCGGUGAGACACUAGUGAUAGGCUGUAUUAAAGUUCUGGGCGAGCUGGCGGCAAAGAAAGUGUCUCAGGUGCCACUUUCAAAUGACACUAUAGCUCAAUGAAGUCACGAUCUGGCUCUGAAUAUGGAAGAUCAGCUCAUAGGACAGAUUAAAUUAGCAAAGUACGUUUCUUUUCACCUUGAUGAAUGUACAGACGUUACUAAUACGGCAAUUCUGAUGGUGAAUGCGCACUUUGAAUAUGAGAGUGAUUUGAAGGAAGAGUUUUUGUUUUCUGCUUCACUACCAACAAAAACAACAGGUUCUGAAGUGUUCAAGAUUGUGAGCAACUACAUCAUUAACAAACGUGGUAUGGAUUUCAAGUUUUGUGUAGGUGUAUGUUCUGAUGGCGCUGCUGCAAUGACAGGAUGGCAUUCUGGAGCAGUUACCCAAAUUAAGGCACUUGCACCCGAAUGCAAGUCAACGCACUGCUUCCUUCACCGAGAAACUCUUGACAAAAAAACGUCAACAGAACUAAACAGUGUGCUCAGCGAGGUUGUAAAAAUUGUGAACCAUGUAAAGGCGAAUGCUUUAAGUUCGAGACUAUUCACUGCAUUAUGUGAUGAUAUGGGAGCUGAUCAUAAACAGCUCCUAUUGCAUGCCGAUGUACAUUGGUUAUCGAGGGGAAAAGUCCUGUCAAGAGUAUUUGAGCUCCGAAACGAGCUUGCCAAGUUUCUUCAGGACAAAAAACCAAAUUAGUCACAAUUGUUCCGAGAUGUGGAUUGGAUAGCCAAGCUGGCUUAUUUGGCUGAUAUCUUUGCCAUCUUUAAUGAUCUCAACACCUCCAUGCAGGGAAGGAUGACUUCAUGUCUUAGAAUGGCAGACAAGAUCGACGGACAGAAAUGAAAGCUAAAAGCAUGGAAGAGUUGAAUGUCAAGAGAUUGUUAUGACAUGUUUCACAACUUAGCGACAAUCAUCGCCGAUGCAGGCGAAGACCUUGAUGUUACAUCUCUACGAAACGUCAUCAGUGAACGUUUGACAAAUUUGGCAGAACGUUUUGAGUUUUAAUUUCCAGCAGCCAAUCAAAAUGAAACUGAACGCACAGAGCACUAUGCAAAAAGACUUUGUCAGUUAGCCCCAACAUCUGAAGUUUAG